UCACCUUUUCCAUUUAAAAUGUCAUUUUACAUUCAUAAGUAAAUAUUUGGUGAAUAUUCGUAAAUUGCACGAAUAUAUUAUACAUUAUUAAGUAAGCUACGGCCUGUGCAGACGUUAUGCCGUGUUUGUGCUGUGUGUUGCAGCUAAAUAUGAAGAAAAUAUAAUAAAUAGCUAAAGAUAAAUAUUAGAGAUACGAUAAAUAUUAUUUUGUUGUGUUUUUUCCGCUUUAUUAAUUAGGUGUAAUCUAGUAAUAAGUUAACUGGAAACACCCCUUAUAUUAGGCCGGAGUUAUUUUUUGAUACGUCACACAGAUCUAAAAUGGCAUCUUGGAGAAUUUUUUUUUUUUAUAAACAGCUGGUACACGUCACAACUCUAAAAUCCGCCUUAUUACGUCACAGCGCUGUUUAAUUCUCCAUUCUGAUUGGUCAUUCAUUCUGAUUAACGCAUUCCCCACAAUCAUUUCUUUAUCGUUUUAGUAACAGCAAACCGAUUUAAAACGCACGUAAUCGUUGAUAUGGUGACGUUUUCUGUAGUGAGACGUUUAUCUCAUUUUUUUGGAAGGAGUCUCCAGUGUCAGCACUUUGUAACAGUCAAAAAAGGUAAAGCUGGAACGUUUCCACAACAGGACAGUCUUCAGGACAGACGAGGUUGCACUUUCCGGUUUAUUGCGAGGUGGAAGAUGCCGGACCAGCGAGCUCUAAAGAACCCCUACCUGGACUAUAAUGGCCCUGAGAGCACACAGGACCUGUUUGACUCUCAAGGCAAACUCACGCCCGCUUUCGCAGGUCGUAUUAGCAGUAAGAUUAAAGAGCUGCUGGCCGUGAUGGAAAACGGGCUGAAGACGGCCGACCCGGGCGACUGCACCGGAUACACGGGCUGGGCAGGCAUCGCCCUGCUCUACCUGCACCUUCACUCGGUCUAUGGUGACCCUGCGUUCCUCCAGAGGGCGCUGGAGCACGUGGGCCGCAGUCUGAGGAGUUUAACCCAGCGAUGGGUGACUUUCCUGUGUGGAGACGCCGGGCCGCUUGCCGUGGCCGCUGUUAUUUAUCACCGCUUACAGAGAACCCAGGAAUCCGAGGAGUGCAUCAACAGGUUGAUGCAGUUGCACAAAGCGGUAGUAAAAGGUUCAGGCAGCCUCCCAAACGAGCUGCUGUAUGGCCGUGUGGGCUUCCUCUUCUCCCUCAUCUUCAUCAACCAGCAGUUCCAGCAGGAGAAGAUCCCCACACAGUACAUUCAGCAGAUCUGUGAUGCUGUGUUGGCAUCAGGUCAGAAUCUGGCUCAGAGGAUGAGGGUGGAGCAUCAGAGUCCACUCAUGUACGAGUGGUACCAGGAGCAGUAUGUGGGUGCCGCCCAUGGCCUUUCAGGCAUCUACUACUAUCUCAUGCAGCCCGGUUUCAUCUCUAACCACAUCAUCGUGCCAGCCCUCGUGAAGCCCAGCGUGGAUUACCUGUGCCAGUUGAAGUUCCCGUCAGGUAAUUACCCUCCGUGUGUCGACGACAGCCGUGAUCUCCUGGUGCACUGGUGCCAUGGCUCUCCCGGAGUCAUCUACAUGCUUCUGCAGGCCUACAAGGUGUUUGGUGAGCAGCAGUACCUGCAUGAUGCCAUGCAGUGCGGUGAGGUGAUCUGGCACAGGGGUCUCUUAAAGAAAGGUUACGGAUUGUGUCACGGCGCAGCAGGAAACGCCUACGCCUUUCUGGCUCUCUACAAACUCACGCAGGAGCCCAGACACCUCUACAGGGCCUGCACGUUUGCAGAUUGGUGCAUGAACUAUGGGAAACAUGGCUGUCGCACUCCAGACACACCUUUCUCUCUCUUUGAAGGAAUGGCUGGAACUAUUUACUUCCUCGCCGACCUCCUGCAGCCGACGACAGCCAAGUUCCCAGCGUUUGAGGUGUAAAGGUUCACUGCUACGCAACGUCGCACGCUAAUCAGCGCUUGAAGUGCAAAACCUCAGCCUGGAGUUUUAGCCUCCUCCAGGACAGGAGACACACACACAAACACACACACACACACACAGCCGUGUUCUUGUUGCUCCCCGUGCUGUAGGGAACGUGUGCAUGCCUGUUGCGCGGUCAUGUCCUAUUCACACUCCAUGUUCUUGCUUCCAGUUUAACGUCGUAAACUAAAAACAGGAAGUAGCGAGCUAAAUCUGUGCACUGUAUUUGGAAAUCUUUGUAUUAGAGAGUUGCUAUGGUGAAUUGUUAUCAAUAAUUAAACAAGAAAUGGGAAUGUGAUAUUUUUGUAUUUGCGUAUCGUCUCUGCAUUUGCUUUUCAUAUAACAGUGAGCUGUUAAACAAUUGUAGUGCAAGGCACAUGAAGCUACUUGCUUAUUUCUGGUAUUUAUGCAGGUUUACUCUGAAAGUCUAGUCUGAAAGUAAUAGUAACUGAUCAUUUUAGAGAUUUCAGGGUUAUUUUGUUUUGUUCUUUUAAGGAAGUAACACUACUGUUUGUUUUUUUCAUUUGCAUCUGCUCAGUAAUAAAAGCUAACGGACUAUGA